UGAGGAAGAACGCAACCACAGUCGUGAAAUAAAGGUCGGAAAACGGAAAAAUAGAAAUUCAUCAAGGGAUAAUGUUAAUCUUUCAGCAUCGACGACGAACAACUAUCGGAGUAGUAGUCCUCGCACUCGCAACACUCUUCAAAGCGGUACACCUGUGCGACGAAAAAUGCGGCCAGCCGUAGAGCCAGAGGGAUCAUCUUCGGAUAAAACUGAUGAAGCAGAAGAUGAAUAUGAUCACGAUAUCUUGCUGCGAACUUCAUGCUUGAUGAGAAAGAAGGAGCCGAAAGCAAGCGAGACGGGAACUACACCAAAACGAAGAAGUAGAAAAUCCGGUUCGCGGUCAACCUCGCGCAAGAAGAAAAAAAGCAAGAAACAAGAUAGGAAAAUAAGUCCCCCCGAAAGAGAAGACGAAGACCGCUUCUUUGGGCGGCGUACGGAUCAUCAUCUUCUUCGCGAAGAUGCAUAUUAUGCUGCUAGGAGUCCUGACACAGUAAAAAUAAAGCCGAAAAAGGAAAAGCGCAAAAAGUCUGGUUCCUCGGCGAGAAUGGAC